AUGCAGCACCUCUUUGGGUCUUUUCUGUUAGAGAAGCACGGCGCCAAGGAAAGUGGCGGAAACCACAGGCGGGUGGGGCAAGAAAGGGAAGUGGAGGCUGGCGGGGCGGAGUCACGGCAGGGGGGCCCAACGUGUGACGCGUGUGGUGACAUCUGUGACGAGGCAGACACGACUUGGGAACUGGAGUACGUUCCGGCGACUUAUCUGCACGGGAAGUACGUGCUCUUGUACCUGGCUGAACCCACAGGCAACGGCAUCGCGGUUUGUAAGCCGGAGGCGAAUUCCACAGCGAGUUCACAGUCACGCGGUGCAGGGGGCCAGGCUCUUUCCACGUCUGCCUCUGCGAACGUACCUAUGCUAGACUCCACCCUGGGACCGCCACUUCCGAUUGGGGCAACUGCGUCUGUCCAAAACGCGCAGCUUAGCUAUACUGCGUCUACCUUUGCAAGCAAAGUGUCGCAACGCACCAGAUCCCAACUGUCGGUGUUUUAUGAUCUUUUGGUCCAUCAACUAACGUCGUCUUCAUCACAAGACAGGAAGCCUGUAGUUCCCAUUGUUGUUUUGGAAGUACGUCAGCCCAGUGACCCGCGGGAGGCUCCAACGAAAAACGGCGCUUCAACAGAGCAACAAGCCAUUGCAGCAACCGCGACGACUGCCGUUGCUGUGGACGAUGUUCCUUCUGCUCCUCCGGCUCCGCCUCCGCAGGACCUAGCUAGUGACCGUGAUACGGCCAACCCAGCAUUGUGCGUUUCUCCAUUUGAAUCCGAUGCCUCACCCAACGUGCCAAGCGCUAGAAGCCCUUUCUUUGGCGGGUGGUUCUCUUUGGAAAGUUCGAACGCAUACCGGCAAGUCAUUCAAAACUUUGGCGUUAGUUCUUGGCCUUCAGUGCUGCUUUUUGACCCCGCUGGAGAACUGUUGACGACCCACGCACUUCAGCACAUCGAGCAGGAGAUGAACCUUGGCGUGCUGGAAGACUAUCAUCCAAUUCCGCUGACGACUCGUGCCACCAGUUUCCACUCGGACUUUCCGUGGUGCCUGGAGGAGACCCCAGGCGACUGCGACACAAAGCCGGAGUGCCUCACAGACGUGCCUCCGGUUUCGUCCUUUCUGCGGCGCCUCGUCCUGCAUGCCCGCCGCAUUGGAAGCGUCCUUGACGGCGACCUUACCUCUGAACCUGAAUUGGUGUCCGAACGCGAGGAACACGGGACGUGCGAGGAGUGCCUAGAUGGGGUAACCCAUGUGGCCCUCUACUUUAGUGCGGACUGGCACCCAUCGUCGCGGCAACUUCUGCCGCGGCUAAAACGCUUAUGGUUUGCCACAAACCGCGGCAGUGACGGCAGUGACGGCGGCGGCGACGACGACGACGACGACGACGACGACGACGACGACAGGGGCCGGCACGGGGAGAGAGUUCGCUGGGACAUGGAGCGCAAGGCGUUUGACAUGUCCCUCUCGGGUGCGGAUUUGCCACUCGACUCGCAGUGCAUGCUCUCCUACCAGAUGGGGGGAUACAGCGACCCCCGCCCCAGCACAAGUCUGCUGGAGAGCGAAACUCGAGGGUUCUCCUCAAACUACUCCUCCACGACGACGCCGCUGCAGUCACCAGAGAAGAAAAAAACUCCAGUUGUCGGCUCGCUUGUGAGACCGGAAGACGAGGAGACGCCGGAAAAGGCACGCAUCGGACGUGUGAGCGUAAAAUCAGCGCAUUCCUCGUCCCCGGUGGAUUCGUGUGAACAAUCCCAGCUGACGUCAACAUCGACGCCAGAGCGGCAACAAGAAGAACACGUGGAAUUGGACUCGGAAGAGAAGGGGGAGGAGGCACAAGCUGUCCACCUGCAGGUUGUUUACCUGAGCUGCGACACUACCAAAAGUUCACUCUAUUCAGUUCUCAAUGAUAUGCCGGCCUCGUGGCUCUGUGUUUCGUCUCAGUUUGGACCCGAUCACAGAAAGCUGAUUGGGACAUGUUUGGAGGUGUUUGAUGUGUCUGCCUUCCCCCGUCUUGUUGUCACGGAGGUGAGGCGUGGACACGAUGCGGCGGCAGGAGCGCCAGCCAAUGGCUCUGUCCCGCCGAACUCGCCGUCGACUCUCGCGUUCCACGUCGUAGAUCUUCGAGGGGAGAAGACAAUUUUGCGCGGUGAUGGGGCAAACGGGUUUCUGUGGAGAGGACAGGGGUCGGUCGGUUUGCCACAACUUCCGUUUCACAGUCCUCUGGCUAGCGGGAUGUCUUCGCUGUCUGGUUCUCGCGGUGCGAUCCAGUCGCUUCUUGCAGGGGGUGGGUGCUUAUUCUUGCUCUGUGGUACAGGGAAAGUUUCGCCAGAACUUCACAAGCUCUGUGCCACCGCUCUGCAUGAAGCAAGUCUCUGGUGGUCGCGGGAAGUUUGCCGCUUCGCUAAGCGGUUAGAGCAUCGUUUGACGUCGUCGUUGCUGGGAUCUUCGGCCCCUACAGAUCAUUCUCUCUCUGAGCGGGCGCCUGCACUGCUUCACCCGCCGACCCCAUCGGGCGCUGCUGAUUCCGUGACACCGGCCACCACCACCACGCCGGCGUCUUUUGCUGCGGCCACUGAGAAGCGGGAGCCGUAUCUGCCUGUAUAUUUCCUUGACGCUAUUGUAGAGGAGACAGAGACAUACUACAACUCUGAUGCAGACUCUCCGGCGAGAAUUGAUAGCAAUGAAAGUCGUGACAACGGUGUAUCUGGGGAGGAAAAGUUUCUAGUGCAGGAGUACUUUCUUUCUGAGGCGCUAGAGGAUACACAGUUGCUGCCCCCCGUUGAAGGAGAGCCAUUUCUGCUCUGUGUGCAUUGGCCCGAACGACGCGCUGCCGUGCUUCGACAAAAAUUCGAAUACGAAAACGGUUCCAUCCCGGCGUCUGUGCUGCUGCUACGCUCACCCUCGAGCACCGUCGCCACCGCGCCGCAACCCAACGGCUACCCCACGCCAGCGAAUGCGGCGUUCGUUGACGGACGGCCGCUGGGCACGGCUACUUUGCCGGCAACCACCACGGAGUCUUGCUCGUGCUACAGUUCCCUUUCUGCAACAUUGCGAGGGGAGGCCUCACCAGAGCCGUACCUACCGAACCCGUUGUGCUCACUGCCGCAGGUGAAGGCAUUUGUAGCUCAGCAUGCCUUUCGGCAACGUCUUUGA